AUGGUGUUUUUAUCUGUCAGUGUGACAUUGCUCAUUAAUGUUAUGUUGUUCUCCAAGUUUUCCUCUGCUGGGUCUCCUUCUGUUUCCUCCUGUGGGUUCCAGGGACACUACCACCUGAAUACAAUGUACAAGUCUGGAGAUGUAGUUUUAGGUGGAUUGUUUCCAUUUCACUUAUUCUGGCAUGUUCCUGAUCUGUCGUACAAGUCAGAACCACAACAGCCAACCUGCUACAGUUUUAAUGUUCAAGGAUUCAGACAGGCUCAGACCAUGGCUUUUGCUGUUGAUGAGAUCAACAGAAAUUUCAACCUGCUUCCUAAUGUGACUCUAGGAUACAGUCUUUAUGAUACCUGUACCAAACUAGGAAUUGGAUUCCUUGCUGCCUUGUCUUUAGCUAAUGGUCAGGAGAAUGAGUUCAAAUUUGAUGAAACCUGUGUGGGAACCCCUCCUGUGUUGGGAAUUGUGGGUGAUUCUUCAUCAACACGUUCUAUUGCCAUUUCAUCUGUAUUAGGUUUGUACAGAGUGCCAAUGGUGAGUUACUUUUCAACAUGUUCCUGCUUGAGUGACCGAAAAAAGUUUCCAUCCUUCUUCCGGACUAUCCCAAGUGAUGCUUUCCAAGUGCGUGCUAUAAUUAAGAUUUUAAAACACUUUGGCUGGACCUGGGUUGGCCUGUUGGUCAGUGAUGAUGACUAUGGACUCCAUGCUGCCAGAUCUUUCCAGUCUGACUUGGCUGAGUCUGGGGAAGGUUGUCUGGCUUACUUAGAAAUUUUGCCUUCAAACAAGAAGCCAGUUGAAUUUAAGAGGAUCGUGGAAAUUAUAAAGAAAUCAACAGCUCAUGUGGUGAUUGUAUUUGCACAUAGCACAGAAAUGAUUCAACUCAUUGAAGAGGUGAUGAAACAGAAUGUGACAGGUCUGCAGUGGAUGGCCAGUGAGUCAUGGGUUUCAGCUGCUGAGUUACAGACCCCCAAUCUUAUGCCAUAUCUGGGUGGAACUCUGGGCAUCGCCAUCCGACAAGGAGAAAUUCCGGGUCUGAAGGAGUUCCUGUUAAAAAUACAUCCUGGCAGCUAUGGACAUAACAUGGUAAAGCGAUUUUGGGAAUUUGCAUUUCAGUGUCGAUUUGCUCCACUUCCAGCAGGUUGGGUGGAAACUGGUGGAGCACUAUGCACUGGACAGGAAGAUCUAAAGAAAGUGGAGAGUGAGAUUUUGGAUGUUUCAAAUCUGAGGUCAGAGUACAAUGUGUUCAAGGCUGUGUACGCACUGGCAUAUGCCCUUGAUGACAUGCUGCAGUGUGUUCCAGGGAAAGGACCUUUCACUGAGAAAAGCUGUGCCAAUUUAAACAGCCUUGAGCCAUGGCAGCUUGUGCAUUACUUGCAAAAUCUCAAUUUCACCACAUCAUCUGGUGACCAGGUGAUAUUUGAUGAGAAUGGCGAUUCCUUACCAAUCUAUGACAUUGUUAACUGGCAGGGCUUCCUGAUGGACAUAAAGGUUGAGAAUGUGGGUGUGGUUCAGAAAGUCAGCCAGAAUGGUGAAGUGCUCAAACUUGAAGAAGAUAGAAUCUUCUGGAACUUACAUUUCAAAGAGCCACCCCGAUCAGUGUGUAGUGAAAACUGUCCACCUGGCACCCGCAUGGCAAGAAAGAAAGGCCAGCCUGUCUGCUGUUUUGAAUGUGUGCCAUGUUCUGAGGGAAAGAUCAGCAAUGAGACUGAUUCCAAGGAUUGCAUCAGUUGUCCAGAGGACUUUUGGUCUAGUUCCAAGCAUGAUAAAUGCAUUACCAAAGGAACUGAGUUCCUGUCCUAUCAGGAGCCUCUGGGAAUCUGCUUGACAGCUGCCUCAUUGCUGGGGACAUUUAUUUGUGCUGUUGUUCUUGGAAUCUUCACAUAUUAUCGCAGUACACCAAUAGUACGAGCCAACAAUUCAGAAUUGAGCUUCCUGAUCAUAAUUUCUCUAAAGCUGUGCUUUCUGUGCUCCCUGCUGUUCAUUGGCCGGCCUCAGCUGUGGACAUGUCAGCUGAGGCAUGCAGCGUUUGGGAUCAGCUUUGUGCUUUGUAUCUCAUGUAUCCUGGUAAAAACCAUGGUGGUUCUGGCUGUGUUUAAGUCCUCCAAACCAGGAGCUGGAACCAGACUGAAAUGGUUUGGUGUCAGACAACAGAGAGGGACAGUUCUGGCUUUGAGUUCUGUCCAGGCAGUAAUCUGCACUGUUUGGCUUGUCUCUUCCUCUCCAGCUCCUCACAAAAACACAAAAUAUCACAAUGACAAAAUAGUUUAUGAAUGUGUUGUUGGCUCCACAGUUGGUUUUGCAGUGUUACUGGGUUAUAUUGGCUUUCUGGCUGUCCUCAGCUUCCUGCUAGCCUUUCUAGCCAGGGAUCUUCCUGACAGUUUUAAUGAGGCUAAACUCAUCACUUUCAGCAUGCUGAUAUUCUGUGCUGUGUGGGUGGCAUUUGUCCCAACUUAUAUCAGCUCCCCUGGUAAAUAUGCAGAUGCAGUGGAAGUAUUUGCCAUCCUGGCCUCCAGUUUUGGCCUCUUGGCUGCACUGUUUGGACCCAAAUGUUACAUUAUCCUCAUAAGGCCCGAAAGAAACACAAAGAAGGCAAUCAUGAGCUGA